AUGGUCCAGCCUGCGUCACACUCGGCUGUCGCUGCACCAAUGGUAGCUCCCAACCAGGCACUUGGAUUAAUUGCUCAAAUCGCAGCUACUGCUGGUAGUGUAGCGAUCGGCUCCGUCGGUAAUACCGUUAGACAUACCCUCAUCGGAAUGUUCAGCGGUUCCUAUUCACAAGAGGCAGCCUCGCCAGGACAGGCUGCCCCGGUAUCGGGCGAGGCAAACACUCCGGCAGGACCAUGCUCGUGGAAGAUCAAGCAGUUAUUAUCUUGUACCCAAGGCCAGGCCGAGUGUGAUUCACAGACAACACAAUCAGCAAGUCCAGGUGACAAUUUCACACAUGCCACCGUACUGCAAACAACCACCAACAAAACCUAUGAAUGCGGAAUGUGUGACCAAUCAUUCUCCAAGAAGAGACAGCUGGCAGUUUACAAGCGCGUACAUGCCGGCACGCGAUCGUACUCCUGUGAUAUUUGCGGUAAAGCAUACACCAAGGGUAUAAAUCUAAGCCAGCACAAACGGAUACACACCGGCGAACCACGGCACCGUUGUCGGAUAUGUGGCAGAGAAUUUUUCACUUCUGAGCAAUUGGAUCAGCACCGGCUUAACCAUAAAGAUCAGGCUUACAUUUGCGAUAUCUGCAGUAGGAAGUUUACCGAAAACAGUAGUCUCACGCGACACAAACUUAUCAAUGCGAGUGAGAGAUCGCACAAGUGCGAUAUUUGUGGCAUAGAAUUCAUAACUAGUGCUGAACUCACUCGCCACAUGCGCAUGGAUACUGGCGAGCGUCCGUAUAAGUGCGAUAUCUGUGGCAAAGGCUACGUAGAAAGAAACAGUUUGAAACGUCACCAGCGUGUUCACAUCGAUAUGAAUCUUGCGGAUCAGAUAUUUAGUUGCGACAUCUGUGGUAGAAAGUUUCUUAAAUCUAAAGAACGUACGCAGCCCAAACUUAUCCACAGCAAAGAUCGAGAAUUCAGAUGUGAAGUCUGUGGUGGCGGGUUUAUAAAAUAUUCUCACGUGACUCGGCACAUGCAAAUCCAUACAAACGAACGCCCGUACAAAUGUGAUCUCUGCGAGCAGGAGUUUCUUCGAAGAGCACAUUUGACCCAGCAUAAUCGCAGGUAUGUUGGCGAACGACCCCAUGACUGUGAUUUGUGUGUAAAAAGAUUCGUUGAACGUAGUCAUUUGAUGGGAAACAAGAAGCUGCACGACAGGUCAAGGAAUGGUAGCAUGCGAAAAGGAAAAAUUAAGGAUUCUACCGCGACCGAAAGCAUCCACGCGUUCGCUGGAGGCGGUAAUGGGAAAAUAGAAGAGGAAAAGCAAGUUCUAACAUAA